CCGGCGGCACCGCGCGUCCUGGGCUGCUGCCCGGGAGAGACGAGGAGGCGGCAGCAGCAGUGGCGCCCACAGGCCGAGCUCUCGGCGCUCUGGGGGAUCUGCCGGUGAUUGGUCCAGAGAGGAGGGGGUAGCGGUAGCCAGAACCCGCCGCUCUAGCGGCGGCGUCAGGUGAGAGCGCUAGCCGCAGAGACUCGGGCGUGGCGGCUACCGCACAGGGAGUCGGAGCCAAACUCUCGGCGCGGCCUUGCGCGUCCUGGGAGGAAGGGACGCGGAGACACUUGCAGACGACUCGACGCAGAAGUUGCCCCUGUCGAGUCGCACCGAGCGUGUCAUGCAAGCGACGCCCCCCUGGGUCAGGUCGCCCCUCAGGUGCCCGCCGAGCGCGCGCUCGCGGCCGGAUGAGGGCGGGAGCGGGCGCCGAGCCGCGAACGAAAGCGGUCAGAUGAGCGGCGAGGGCGACUAUAACUUCAGGCGGGUGGCGAUUCGGCGGAAGUCCAACCCCUCCUACCUGCCGCUCGGGACCCCCCGACCCUGGAGUCGGCCGUCGUCGCACCUGGCUUGGGCCGAGUCGGCCACGUCCAGGGGCCAGGCCUCGGCAGACGCCUCAGGCAGCAGUAUCUGUCCAAAGAUCACCAUAGUUCCACUCUGCUUGAAAAGCAGCACAACCGCACUGAUUGAUCAGAAUGCAUCUGAUGAAGAGGCUCAGGGAAUAAAUGGGGAAACGCCAGCAAAACACUUAGCUGCAAGUCCAAAGCCACAAGUGCCUCCAAAGCCACUACACCUGCAGAAUUUACCUUCAACCAAUAUUCACCAAACUCCUAGGCAUAAAGCUUUAUCUAGUGCAAAACCAAGGAUGGAGGAAGUUAAACCUGCCUCUGCUUGUGUCUCAAAGGAAAAGCCCAGUAAGGUAUCAGAUCUCAUCAGUCGCUUUGAAGGAGGCAGUGCUUUAUCAAAUUACAGCGAUUUGAAAAAAGAUUCUGCUGUGAACCUAAAUGCUCCUAGAACCCCAGGAAGGCAUGGAUUGACAGCCACACCUCAGCAGAAACUCCUCUCCCAGCACUCACCACAGAAGCAGGGAAAUGGUACAGAUCAAUCUCAGGGUGAACAGACUUGUGUGGCAAAUGGUAUGGUAGCAGCACAAAACCAGGCGGAAUGUGAGGAGGACAGAGUGGCCACUCUUAGCCCAGAUACUCCUAUUCAAACUUCUGAACCCUUGCCCGAUACAAACUUAAUGAAUGGAGAAAAACAAGAAACAGCCACAGGCCCGGCAUCACCCACAACAAAUAACUGUCAUGAAGAUCCUUCUGACAGUAGCUGCAGGACUUUACAUGCCAGCCCUGUGCUCCUCCUGGAAGAAGAAAGGACAGAUACAGAAGCCAAGGUACAAGAGAGGGAAAGUGAAGAAAGCCCCCUAGAACUGGAACAGCUGGACCAGCACCAUGAGAUGAAGGAGACUGAUGAGCAAAAACUUCACAAAAUAGCCAAUGAACUUUUGCUUACAGAAAGAGCUUAUGUCAGCCGACUUGAUCUCUUAGAUCAGGUAUUUUAUUGCAAACUAUUGGAAGAAGCAAAUCGAGGUUCAUUUUCAGCAGAGCUGGUGAAUAAAAUCUUUUCUAAUAUUUCAUCAAUAAAUGCCUUCCAUAGUAAAUUCCUAUUGCCAGAGCUGGAGAAAAGAAUGCAAGAAUGGGAAACUACCCCUAGAAUUGGUGACAUCCUUCAGAAAUUGGCACCAUUCCUUAAGAUGUAUGGAGAAUAUGUGAAGGGAUUUGAUAACGCAAUGGAAUUGGUUAAAAACAUGACAGAGCGUAUUCCCCAGUUCAAAUCAGUAGUUGAAGAAAUUCAGAAACAGAAGAUCUGUGGGAGCUUGACUUUGCAGCAUCACAUGCUAGAACCUGUUCAGCGCAUUCCCCGGUAUGAGAUGCUCCUUAAGGACUACCUAAGGAAAUUGCCCCCUGAUUCUCCGGACUGGAAUGAUGCUAAAAAAUCACUUGAAAUUAUAUCUACAGCAGCAAGCCAUUCUAAUAGUGCAAUAAGAAAAAUGGAAAACCUAAAGAAACUCUUAGAGAUUUAUGAAAUGUUGGGAGAAGAAGAAGACAUUGUAAAUCCUUCAAAUGAAUUAAUAAAAGAUGGACAGAUCCUCAAACUAGCUGCUCGGAACACAUCAGCACAAGAGCGCUACCUUUUCCUAUUCAACAACAUGUUGUUAUACUGUGUGCCAAAAUUCAGCUUGGUGGGCUCUAAGUUCACUGUUCGAACCAGGGUAGGCAUCGAUGGAAUGAAAAUUGUAGAGACUCACAAUGAAGAAUAUCCACACACUUUCCAGGUAUCUGGGAAAGAGAGAACACUGGAACUGCAAGCCAGUUCUGAGCAAGACAAAGAAGAAUGGAUCAAGGCACUUCAAGAGACUAUUGAUGCUUUCCAUCAGAGGCAUGAAACUUUCAGAAAUGCAAUUGCCAAGGAUAAUGAGAUUCACUCAGAGGUUUCUACUGCUGAGCUAGGGAAAAGAGCUCCAAAAUGGAUCCGAGAUAAUGAAGUUACAAUGUGUAUGAAAUGCAAGGAGUCUUUUAAUGCCCUGACAAGAAGAAGGCAUCAUUGUCGAGCAUGUGGACAUGUGGUUUGUUGGAAGUGUUCUGAUUAUAAAGCUCAACUUGAGUAUGAUGGUGGUAAAUUGAGCAAAGUCUGUAAAGACUGUUAUCAAAUAAUAAGUGGAUUCACAGACAGUGAAGAAAAGAAAAGGAAAGGAAUUUUAGAGAUUGAAUCAGCGGAAGUAUCUGGAAACAGUGUGGUGUGCAGCUUUCUGCAGUAUAUGGAAAAGUCAAAACCUUGGCAGAAAGCUUGGUGUGUGAUCCCCAAACAAGACCCUCUCGUGCUGUACAUGUACGGUGCCCCCCAGGAUGUCAGAGCCCAGGCCACCAUUCCACUCCUAGGCUAUAUUGUGGACGACAUGCCAAGAAGUGCAGACCUGCCACACAGCUUCAAACUGACCCAGUCUAAGUCUGUGCACAGCUUUGCUGCCGACAGUGAGGAACUGAAACAGAAGUGGCUGAAAAUCAUCCUUUUAGCUGUCACAGGUGAGACGCCAGAUGGUCCUAGCCAGCAUCCAGACACUUUGGACGAUCAUCUUGAACCUAAGAGAAAAUCAGAAUGCUAAGUUUCAAGACCUACCACGGUGUAGGGCGUGUCUCAAGAUUUAUAGCUCACGAUAUUCUCAGCUCUCCUUAUUCAUCUCUUAGCACUUUAUGUUGAAAAAUUUUACAGACUCAUAAAUGCAUCUUUUGGGGGACUGUUUUCCUAUGUUUAUGUACUCUUAGUGAAAUUAAUGUGCACAGCCAUUCUACCCAUAAAGAUUGAAAUAAUGUGAAAAGUGGAGCAUUUUCUUAAUGAGCUAUUCCUUGCAUAUGUACUUUUGUCUUGGAAAAAAGUGAUAUCAUUUAAUUCUAUCACUUCAGGUUAGAGAAGUCCUCUUUCUUCACUUAUACAUGUAGGCUUUAUAACAGUUAAAGAUAUACCUCCAUGUUGCCAAAAUAGAUCCACAGUAAAAAAAAAAAAAAAAAGAAAGAAAAACAACAAUACAGGGACAAUUUAGGCUAUUGUAUUAACUUAUUUAAGUUAGUUUAUAAAACAAGCUGCAUAAAUAAUGAACAUUCUUUUAAAGCAAAAGAAAAAAGACACAUUGUUGGUACUCAAGAUAAUAGUUGUGUUUGUAGAAAUACUUCUAAGAAUAAAAUAUCUUAAGUAUAUAGCAAUUAUGUACAUAUAGUAUUAAAUACAAAUAUAUAUAUACACAGUAUCCACACUUUUCAGGUUAGGUUCAUAUUUGUCUCUAAUUUAUUUUUAAAUAUACAGCAUGUUUUAUCUUGGAACUGAGGAGUGUCCUAAACUUAUGAGAUGUUUUUGCUGAUUUACAUUUAAUUGAUUAACAUCUAAGGGUAUUGGUAUUUUUAUAAUAAAAAGCUGUAAUUUAUGUGGCAUGGGAUAUAUUAGUGAGUUCCAACAGUGUUUUUAAAGUACUAUUUUUCUUUGUUCUGUGCCUAUUUAAAACAGUGCCUCUCUUUGAAGGUGCUAAUAAUACCUAGUUAAAUAUAAGAUGAGGGUUUAAUUAAUGCUUCAGUCUUGAUUACUCUGAGAUAAAGUGCAUUUUGGUCACUGGGAUGAUCAAGUCAUACAGAUUUUUACACCUUCUACCGUCCUCUAAUUGUUGUGGCAGUUGAUAUCAGCAUGUUCAAGAUUCCUGACCUUACACAGAACUGGGACAUACAGCAACUACAUUUAUUGUUAUGUUUUCCUUUCCCUUAAGACUGUUAAUUUUGGUUAAAUGAGGACUAUAUAUAAUUAACACUUAAGAUAAACUGUGUGGGCUUAUUCCUUUGUCAGAUAUGGAAAAAAAUUCACAUGUGAUAAUCUAUGAUUAAGGGUAAAGGAUAGGUAAUUAAGACAGUUUAUGCUUAACUUUUUAAACCACCUCACUAAAGAACAGUUGGGGGAAAAUACAAUAUAGAAAAAAUAGUAUUUUAAUGGCAGGUUUUGGGGGGUACAGUAUGAUUGAUGAAAAUUUGAGCAUUUUCCCCCUUUUAUCCUCUGGGGAAUUUUAAUAAACAGUUUUAAUAUUAAUAGAUUCCUUGUCACAAAGGCCGUUCUUUAUUAUAUUGUAGUCGUGAUUAAAAUCUCAUAUUGUUGGAUAUUUAAGUUAAUCCUUUUCUCAAACUUAGAUCUCUCUCUCUCUUGUUUUUCAUUUACUCUAUCAUGUUCCAAACAUUGUCAUUUUUUAAAUGUAUCUGUCUGCUAGAAAUCCACAAGAAUGAUCCUACUAGCCUUUGGGGAUUACACCUUAAAGAUAGAUUAGAUUCACUCAGAAUUUGAGAUUGCCACACAUUUUGUUCAGGCCCUAUUUUUUAAAGAAAUACAUGAAGUUUCAGUAUCUCUUUUUUUCCCCCACAUCCCUAAGGAGAAGCUAAACUAAUUAUAGUGGGCAUGAUUGGAUUGCCUUCUUCUGAAAAAGGAAUACCAGCCAUUACCAUCAACAUUAUGCCAAAUACUUGGAGCCAAAAAAGAUAAAGGUAGCUUCUUAGGCCCUAUUAAAUUAAGGACAAAUUUAAAAUAUUUCACAUUGUUUCUCUUUUCUAGUUGCUAGGCGUGGGUGUAUUUGUGUAUGUGGUGUUUAGGGGUGAUUAUUGAGAAGGUUAUAAUAUGGCUGUAGGUGAUGCUUUGAUUUUCUUAAUCUCAAGAAAAGAGAAGCAGUAAAAAUGUAGAAUGAUUAUCAGGAGAAGGUGACUUUUGUAAUGAGGAUAUAAAAAUGGAAAUGUAAGGGCCAGUUAGAUUUACAAGUCAAAUUAUUUUUGAAAACUGUUUUGAAGAGUAAAAAGAUCACAUUUUUCCUACAAAUAAGUCCUCCUGGAAUGGAAGUAACAUGAAAACAUUCAAGUUUUGGCUCAGUAAAUCUCAGAUGUUAUUUAAUUUAGAGUAUUGAAAGAAGACUCAUGUAAAGGGAAUAUUUAUUAUCAUACUCUUAACAUUAUCUUUAUUUUUUUUUUUCCAAAAAAGUAGAAAUGUUAGUAUCAGAAGAGAAUUUCUGCUUAUCCAAUCACUGUCUUCACAUUCCACAUGUUCUUUGUCAGGCACAAAGAGAAGCAAUGAAGCAGCUUUGUUUUCACUAAUGCUUUUACUUGGAGAAAGGCAAAGGAAUACUUUUAGCCAUUUAGAAACACUCAACCAAAAGACCUCAAAAUGCACCUAAUUGAUUAUAAGAGUAAUGUCUUUGCUUUUUGAAACACCUGAGCUGUCAUAAUAAAUUGAGCCUAGAAAAGCAAUUGAUUGUUUUACUAUUAAAACAACAUUCCAUAAGGGCCUUGUUCUUUAUUUUCCUCUAAGUCAUCUUUUCUUUAACAUGCCCUUCCUUCAGACUUAAAAAAAAUUACUUCUUUGAUAAAAACUACUAUUUAUUAUAAAACAUUCCAGUUUUUUUAAUAUAAGUUUUGCUUUAUUGAAAGUCUACCAUUUGGUAGAUUGAAUAUGAAAUGUAGUGCAGACUUAUCUUCAGGUUUUAAGUGGGACCCAAAAAUGAAAAAUGUCACCAGCCACUUUUGUAACAGUGGCAUCUAUAAUGCCAUCAUGUACACAAGCAAUAAAACUUUACAGGGUAGGAUUUUAUACUGAAAUUUUAAUGUGAACAUUCCUAGCCACAAGGAUAUAGAGAGAGAACUUCUAGGAGUGAUACUGUAAUUCAAAUUGCUCAUUUUAAGGAAAAGAAAGUAUAUGUGGCAGGGUUUGGGGUAGGGACAACAUUAUUGUUGGGAUUCAAGUAACCAUCAAAAGCCUUUUUAUUUUUGCAAAGGGUCUGGAUGGUUUAAAAAAAAAAAAACAGUUAAAGCACAUCUGCACAACUUCAUCAGGUUACAUUUCAUUUUCCAUGAAGCUUAAUGUAGAUUGGUAUACUUAUAUUUACUGGCUAAUGUAUGCAAAUUAAAAAAGAAAAAGAAAAUCCCAAUUUUUAAAACUUACCAAACCUUUUAUUGUCUUCUUUGUGGAAACAGGAUUUGUCCCCCUCUAAAUUUUAGAUCUCAUUUUUGGUUAUACCCAAAGCCUUAAGUUCUUAGUCUGAGCUCAUUGUCUAUGAUAACUAUAAUAAUGAUCUUUCUGGGCUGAGUAUAUCCUGAGGAAAAGGUAACAAUGGGAACAAAUAAAUUUCUAGGGAGCAAAAGGUUUUUGUUGUUGUUUUUUUUUGUUUGUUUUUGCAGGUAUUCUUGCUAUAUUGCAGAAUAGAAAAUUUUUUCUACAUUACAUAAUGUUCCUGUUAGCGCCUCUAAGAUUGAAAGCACAUGGUAUAUAUAAGCUAAAAUUAAUUCAAAAAGCAAAAAUAUCUUAAUGUCUUCAUUCUUAAGUUUUGUAUUCUUUAAGAAUAUAUUAAUAUGAAAUCUGUGACUAAUGUGGUCUUAUUCUUAGGGCUAUAUUGAACAUCUAUAGUGAAUCAUGCUACUUUUUCAUCCUCAUCCAAUUUUAGUAGAAUCAAAUUGCUUUUUAUUGUAAUACUAUUAUUUACUAUAGAGUCUCCAGAUUUAGAAAAUAGGAGUAUGAUGUAGAAAGACUACUAAAUAUACUUUUGAAACCCUUUCUGUGAGUUUAUGCAUACAGGUAUAUAUGUAAAAGCACUAUUGAUUUCAAAUUCUGUUUUUCCAUCGGAAUAAAAUUUUUAUAGAAAGUAUUCUUUUUAACUUAAAUAUUUUAACAUAAAUUAUAUACAUGGAUUUUUAGUAAAAUCUAUUCUUAUGUAUGCCCUGUAAUCAUGUUGUCAUGAGAAGAUAACUUUGCUUUCUUUACUGAUAUGGCAGAGAGGAAUAUGAUUAGGAACUGAAACAAGCAAGUACGGACAGAAAGGUGGACAGAAAGAGACCUAUGGUCUCCAAAUCAGAGCAAUAUAUCUAAGAUAAAUGAAAGUUACUUAAACUGCAGGGGAUAUAAACUGUAAGAUGCAAAUCUGUGUAAUUGCACACUCAUGGAUCUGUUGCACCUGGGCCUUUCACCGUGACCUCUAAAUUAUAGCAUUAGUAUCUUGUCAUUGGGCUUCCCAGGUGGCUCAGUGGUUAAGAAUCCACCUGCUAAGCAGGAGAUGUGGGUUCAAUCCCUGGGUCAGGAAGAUCCCCUAGAAAAGGAAAUGGCAACCCACUCUAGUAUUCUUGCCUGGGAAGUCCCAUGGACAGAGGAGCCUGGUGGGCUGUGGCCUAUGGUAUUGCAAGAAUCAGACACAACUUAGCAACUAAACAGCAACCAUCAUAUUGCUUUCUUUUUCUUUUAGACUUAAAAAAAUAAUAAUAAUACUGUUGGACCAUUUUCUGCACUGUUUAAUGACAUAAAAAAAAUAUCACUCUAAAGUCAGUCAUGGUCUGUCUUCUACUUUUUGGACUGAACAUUUGGCAGGAAACAGUGUCUUUUCUGUCUUUUGAAAUGAAAUAGCACAUCGCUUCUACAAGAUAGUUAACUCAUUGUGAGUCACUGAGAGUUAAAUGAUGUUUACCCAUUCCUAAAAUUCAUUAUAGAUUGAAUUAGUGAGAUUAGGUAGACUAGUGAGAAAUUAAAUCAAGAAAUAUUGUAGCAUAUUUGAAUAAGUGAAUACCAAAUACAUAGAGUGAGAUAUAUAUACAUUAAUAUAUAGGUUUGGGAAAAGACAUAAUAGUCUAUGGGACCAUUAUGAUAACAGAAUUGCAUUAUAUAGUACAUAUUAUAUGGAUGUUGGAAUGUAUCACUUGGGAAAGGUCUCCAUCAGCAAUCAUAUCUGUAUAUAAAAUUUGGGGGAUUUUAUUUGUUUAUUUUACAAACUAGCAUUUCAUUUUGUGAGUGACAAUUGACUGUUAUUUUUGAAUGAGUGCUAUCUGGGUUUUUGAAUUGUUGAAUGAUCAAUUUGAAAAGGUAUGUUAGCAAAAUUUUAGAGUUAACUCAAAUGUGAAAAAGUGUACACAAAAAGUAAAUUUUCUUUUCUAGCUGUAUGAAUGUAAAAUACUUGCAGAUAGUGUAUAUAUUGUGUAAAUAUGUAUAUUUGGUCAGAGAGCUGGAAACAUUGUAAAAUUAAGCACUUUAAUUCUUAUUAAAUAAACACUUGUAUCUUGUAAAUAAAUACAUCCUUGAAUGAAA